AUGACAUUAAAUAUCGCAAGCAUACAAAUAGAAAACGCUGGGCUGCCAGAUGAGCACAGGCGGCCACCACGGUGCUGGGAAGGGGAAGAGUCCGAGGACUUCACCUUGCCCCAGCCAUUACACAUGUUCCAGGCCAGUGUAGAGCUCGAUGGGGGCGACGAAACAUGCCAUGCUAAGGUUAAACCGGCUGUCACGGAGGACACAGAUCACGUUGACCAGCGGGUCAGCGACGGCCUGGCGCGACGUCAUGACACGGCGCCCGCUAUGAAUAGCUUCGCUUCAGCCAGAAAGCAUGUGACAAUUUCCUCGUCUAGUUGUAAUCAGGCCUUGAGCUGUACGCACGUGGGAGGCAGCGGCAACCGCGGCGUCACGCCUUUUAGCCCAGAGCCCGCCGAGUUGGCUGCUGCAAACACCCCAGCCGCUACGGGCUCCCAGGCCGCGGUGGACAACAGUACGUCUCCGGUGACCACUCGCGGAGAUUCUAUUCCAGCGGAGGUUCUACUUUUGGUACUGAGCGGCCUGCGCGACGUGGGCGACUGCGUGCGCGCUGCGCUGGUGUGCCGGCACUGGCUGUCAGUGGUAACCCUCAGCCGGGCCCCGCACGCGGGCUCUCCGGUGCUGCGGCCGCCGCCGGGCUGCGACCACCCGCACAGCAAGAUGCUGUCGUACAAGACCACGUGUGCACUAACGCAGGUGGCGGUUCGGUUCAUGGUGCUCCGAAAGGGCUUCGAAUACGUAGUGGAGGCGGCGGCGUCCCUGUGGCUCGCUGCCUGCAGAGCGGCCGUUGAUUCUGGAGGCCGCCAGGGCCAGCAACACCACCACAACACCAACCACAAGCACCACCAGCAGGGCCCAAUGCCGCCACCUCCACCACCUCCACCACCGCAGCAGCAGCAGCUGCAGCUGCCAAAGCACCAGGCGCCAGGACUGCACCAGGGCCCCAGCCUGCAGGCCGCACCACUGUCCCAGGCAGUCGUCGGCUCUAGAAGCAGCCAUGUCACUUGUAGUGCCGGAGCUGCAACUCUCCAUACGCCGGCGGAGUUAUCAAGUGUGGUCCUGGACAUUGCGGCGGGCAGUGCUGGUGCGGUUGGCUGGCAACAGCCUGAGCAGGAGCAGCGGCAGGAUGAGGGUUGCACAGGUUGCGGAGUUGGGCGGGGCAGUGACAGCAGGAUGGGGGAGAAGCUGCAGCAGGGCAAGGGCUCCCGUGUCACGGAGGAGGUGGGUAUUAGCAGCAGUCCAUCAGGGGCCUGCGAAGUCGCCAGCAGCGGCAGCGGCAGCGUUGCGGCUUCUCCUCCCGCGGUGUUAGGGGAUGGGUGGCGAGGGGGAAGGGGUCGCAUUACACAUGUGGACCAGCUGUGGGAGACAUGCGGCAGGAACCGGUCAGCACUGCAGGUGGACGAGCGCUUCAACGCGGUGCGCGUGCAGCAGAUGGUGGGCAAGCUGUGCUGCUCCGGCGGCGCCCUGUGGUUGUCCUUGUACGAAGGCGUGGCGGCGGUGAUGGCCUCCCGCUGUGACCAGAUACGGGACCACCUGACCACGGAGGCGGCGGCAGCGACGUGCUCGUCGACGUCCGCCGAUUUGGCCAAAGGUCAAGGCGCCAAGCGGCGGCGUGGACUUUCCCUUCGGGACCCCAGCAGCAGCAGCAGCAGCGGCGACGGCGGCGGCGGCGGCGGGCAGCCUGUUCUUCGUGGAGACAUGGUGUACGGCGGCAGUAGCUAUGCAGACCGGUUCGCAGAGCUGUUAAGGAGGGGCGACACGCGCGGCGCGCUGGCGUUGGGGGCAUCGCAUCGCGCCGCUGGUGGGAGCAGUGGCCUCGAGAGAGGGGGUGGUGAUGGCGGCGGCACAGGCGGUGAAGGUGGCGGAGGCGGUGUUGUACAGUGGGAGCUGGAUGAGCCGGAGAUGCGGGAAGUGGUACUGAUGGUGGAGGCGGUUUCGGAGCCACCUGCCAUUGUGGCGGAGGGAUUGCUGCUAUGGCGGCGGCUGCUGAGCUCCUGGCCAGUGUACCGGCGGUGGCUGGAGGUCUGGGUGGUGUGGUGCGGCCCUCUGGGUGCGCGUGUGGAGGCGGAGCGGCAGCUGGCGGGUGCCGCGGAGGUACAGAGGGAGGCCCCUCUGGCCCCUCCGCACCUCACCAACAAGGGGCUGCUGCUGUUCCGGAGCCAGGUGCUGCUUGCCUACCCGCUUCGGAGGCCCCUGCAAGCCGCGGCGCUGUGGCUGUCAGCGAGGGCGGACCAGGGGGAGGAGGAGGGGAGCGUGCGCGCUGCGGGCGGAAGCAGCGGCCGCCUGGGGGGAAGCGGUUUCACAGGUAGCCGCGGCGGUGGCAGUGGCGGUGCAUCCGCUGUGUGUGGAAGUCAUGGUGCGGAUGGACCGGGCUUGAGUGAGGAGCACGGGCAGCUCCUGACGGCGAUACGCAAGCCGCCCCAGCUGCACACGCGACAAAAGCUGCAGCGCUGCUUCGGCAGCUUGCUCCUGAGGCCCGUGUCGGGGGUCACCAGGGCCCUGCAGCUGGCGCAGCGCCUGCAGGGGCUUAGGGAAGCAGCAGCCGCUGGUGGCGGUGGCAGCGGGGCCGGCGGCGGGAGCUGGUGA